AUGCUAAAUUCAUCGUCGCUUAUAAUACAAGAUAUUAGUGAAUGUUUCGAAUUUCGAAACGAAUUAUUUAAGGCCAUCUUAUUUAUUCCAUUUGGCAUUUGCUCUACUAUAUGUAACACAGUCCUGAUAACUGCCAUACUGCGAAACAGGCAGUUACGUUACCGCCAUGAAAUGCAAAUCGUUUGCGCCCUAUCUGCUGCUGAUUUAGUUGAAGCAUUUGCAACAUUUUGUGGUGGUACAUAUCGUGUGUUGGUGAUACUUUUCAACUUACAAGAUAGAAAGUUUUAUCUUCUGCAAUGUAUGUUACUGCCUCAUUCUUGGUUAUGGCGUUGGUCUGAUUUCGCUACUUCAUUUAUGCUAUUAACGAUAACAUUCGAUCGGAUACUGGCAGUGGUUAUACCACUAAAAUAUAUGAAAUGGCGAUCCACUUAUCCCUGUAUCGCUAUUGGAAUACCAUAUACAUUAUCAGUAUUGCUAUCAAUGUUUGCUUGGUAUCGAUCCGUUACAAAACAUGAUAAAAUAUCAAUGCUUUGUACGAACGUUUACAUUUCACCGAUUUUUUAUAUGUUUUCUAAAUAUUCAACCGCUAUAUCAAGUAUGCUUAGUGUCAUCCUUUAUGUUCCUGUAGUUUUCAUCGUUAAAAUACAAAGGAAACGCAUGACGCACGUCCUAACUAAUUCACAGAUAGCUCGUCAACAUAGAGCGCAAAUGCGAAUGACAAUGACGCUAGCAAUUUCUUGUUUAGUGACAUUUCUUCUGGAUGCUGUACCUCGAACUAUGGGUAUUUAUGGCAUUCUAGGAAAAAAUUCAUUUGAAGCAGAAAAACAGUGUGAGAGUGCAAUGCAAUCAUUGUUUCAUUUAACAAAAUUGAAUUCGAUCAUCAACUUAUUUCUUCACUAUUAUCGUAAUCCUUCACUUCGGGAAUCUGUUUCGAACGUUCUUCGCAUAUUUUACAUUGGUAAAUUUUCAACUUUAAAACUUGCAAAGUUCAUUUUGAAAUUUAUCCAUUCUUUGCUUUCUGAAUAA